AUGUCGACGGCGGCGGCGGCAAAGACUCCGACCAAGCCCCUGGGCCCCGCGGCCGCGGGUGCCAGGACUCCAACCAAGCCCCAGGCCCCCGCGGCGGCCAAGACGCCGUCCAAGACACCCUGCCCCUCUCGCGCGCGGUCCUCGCACACAUCCGAGAACUCCAACCCCAACAUCCCGGGCACGCCGCCUCCCCCGCAGCCGACGCCGUCCAAGCCCGUCCUCAAGUCCCCGGCGGCCGCGGGCGUCAGGUCCGCCACCGCGAAGAAGAAGCCCUCCACGCCCGCGCCCGCGCCCGCCGCGCCGCCGCCGGAGCGGGAGCGGCGAUUCCUCGUGGCGAAGAAGGGCGCGCGGCGGAGGCGCAACGUCGGGGCCAUGGGAGGCGGCGGGGGCGGGGGAGAGAUCGACUUCGACAAGGUCCGCGAGGCCGCCCGCGAGGCGCUGCGCGCGUCGCAGGGAGAGUUCUUCCGCAAGGAGCUCGCCGCGUGCACCGCCACCGUAGAGGUGCAAUUGGGACAGGAGGAGGAGGAGGAGGCCGGUGGCUGA